AUGGGCGUGAUUAAGAACUACGGCGAGGCCAAGCAACGAAUCGACGACUUUCUUCGCAACUACUUCAAAUCGGACGAUGGGGGAAUGAAAAACUUUGUUUAUGCCGAUAAGAUUACGGAACUGGCUCAUCGAAAAUUGGUAGCUCUCUACAUUCACCUGGCUGAUGUUAAUCAACACGAUCCUGACUUGAAGACAGAGAUUCAGAACAACACCAGGAGGUAUCAGAAACUGUUUUCCCAAUCGAUUGACGAAUACAUUGCCCAAAUUCUGAGUACUAGUGAGGCUCCAGUUGUGGAUGCUUUAGAUGCUUUCGUUUUCCAAAGAAAAUAUGUGGUCAAAAAGGAGCAGGAGAAAAGCCAGGAAAACCAACAACCAGAAGAUCCGAAAAAUCAUUAUCCCGAGGAACUGAUGCGAAGAUUGUGAGUUGAUGAUAUGUUUAUUUCCGUUGCCAUAUUAUGAUGUCAUUUUCCAAGUUUAGUGAAGUCUAUUUCGUUCAUGAACCUACUGAAUCCCAGCUUGCCGUAAGGGAUAUCAGAGCUCAGUGGGUAGGUAAGCUCGUCGUCAUGAAGGGAGUUGUUAUUCGGGUCUCCGACGUUAAGCCAUCGGUUAGUGUAAUAACAUACAGCUGUGACACUUGUGGUUCCGAGCUGUAUCAGACUGUUACAACAAGAGCCUUCCAACCUCUGAUCAACUGUCAGAGCAAGGAUUGUGUUUCUUCGAAGGCUGGUGGUCGUCUUCAACUUCAACAUCGAGGUUCCAAGAUGCCAAAAUUCCAGGAGAUCAGAAUCCAAGAACUGGUGAGUGUAUUAUAUGUUAAUAUUAAUGUUUGUUUUUAUUGUAGAGCGACCAAGUUCCGGUUGGAAGUAUCCCCCGGGCCAUGACUGCCUUUUGUUAUGGAGAGAACACGCGCCAAGUUCAGCCAGGAGAUCAGAUAUUUGUGUCUGGUGUAUUGACCCCUACACUUUCCAGUGGAUUCAAACAAAUGGGAGGAGGUCUGAUCACAGAUGUUGUUCUUGAUGUUCAUCAUAUCAAAAAUAAUCGGAAUGAUACUGAAGAUUUUGCGGAUGCCGAAAUGACGGAAGAGGAGAUUGACAUUGUUUCGCAAGAGAAUAUUUAUGAUCUCCUUGCCUACAGCAUAGCACCCGAAAUCUACGGACUUUCAGAUGUGAAGAAAUCUCUCCUGCUCUGCUUGGUUGGAGGAACUGAUGCACAGGAAUCUGGAAUGAAGAUCAGAGGUAGAUUAUUUCUUCCCAAUGAAUUUCGUAAAAAAAAAUAAAAUUUCAGGAGCCAUAAAUGUCCUUCUGGUUGGUGAUCCUGGAGUGGCCAAGUCUCAGCUUCUAUCUUAUGUGGACCGAUUGGCCGUUCGAAGUCAAUACACAACUGGACGAGGAUCUUCUGGGGUUGGUCUGACAGCAGCUGUUGUCAAGGAUUCUGUAACCGGCGAGAUGACUCUGGAAGGAGGAGCACUGGUACUGGCUGAUAAGGGAAUAUGUUGUAUUGAUGAGUUUGAUAAAAUGAUGGAAUCGGACAGAACCGCCAUCCAUGAAGUCAUGGAACAACAGACCAUUUCUAUCGCCAAGGCUGGUAUUUUGACUUCUUUGAAUGCUCGUGUUGCGAUUGUUGCUGCCGCUAACCCUGCUUUUGGCCGAUACAACCCGAAGAGAUCUAUUGAAGAGAAUAUCCAAUUGCCAGCGGCUCUGCUGUCUCGCUUCGAUUUAUUGUGGCUUAUUCAAGAUCGUCCUGAUCGUGAUGGUGAUCGUCGUCUGGCUGAGCAUGUAACUUUUGUCCACCGAGAAGGGCAUCAGCCUAAAGCAGCGAUGGAACCAUUACCUAUGGAUUUGGUCAGGUAUGAGUCAAUUUCUUGCCUUGAUCUCGGUUUUGUAAUUGAUUAAUUGUUUAAAUACUUUUGUAGGAAAUACAUCACGAUCUGCAAGAAAAAGCAGCCGAAAUUCCCUACAUCCUUAACCCAGCGACUUGUUGAGAAGUACGUUCAGAUCAGAAACGAUGCCGAAGAGGACGUUAACUCCACUUAUACAUCUCCUCGUGUACUCCUAGGUAUAAUCCGUCUGAGUACAGCUUUGGCUCGACUCCAUUUGAGCGAUGAAGUUACCCCUGAAAACGUGGAUGAAGCUAUUCGGUUGAUGGAUUCGGCCAAGGCUUCAUUAGCUCCCAAAAUGCAGGACAUUAGAAGGUAAUGCUUUUUUAUAAGGAUUGUAUAUUUUUGAUGGGAAUUCUGUGUAAUGAGAUGGUUUAGGAGGAAGAGUCCACUGGAUGAAGCCUUCGAUGCGAUUCGCGAUUUCCUUGUUUCUGGAAAUUCCAAUAUCACCAAAAGAGAUAUCAUCAGAAAAUGUGUGGCCAAGGGAAUCGACGAAGAGAUUGUCCACCAGGGUCUGGAUACCUGGACCAACUCCGGAGUUCUCUUUGAAGACCAGAACAAACGGCUUCGCUAUACUCUCGUCAACUAA